UAUCGGAAAGGAUCUGCCUGCCCCUUCCACCCGGUCCGUGUUUACCAGCGAGGAGAGAAAGAAGCCGGCAACAGUCAGUGCGAGCACAUCGGGUCGUCAAGAGCAGAAAGGAAACGCAGCGAAAUGAAAGAGCACGGAUUUAUCCUCGACCCGGCCGUCCUUUACAAAGAAAAAACUGAAAAAGAGUUGGAUGUGCUCCGAGAAGAGCUGAAAUCUGUUUUUCAACCGAAUGCCGAUCCGGCCGAGCUGCCCAAAAAUUUGAAAAUACUAGCGGAAAACGAACUAAACGAGCUUCCUGACAAGUUGAGGUCAAACAUAAAAGAAUUACGACAACUUAUUGAAGGAGAAGAAAACCUGAAUGCCCGAAAGGACGAUUUGUUCCUGUCCGCUUUUCUCCGAGGAAGAAAGCACGACGUCGCCAAGGCUUUCCAAUGCUUGAAGAAUUUCUACGAGUUUAAAGCGCGUUAUCCGGAUAUGUACAAGUUCCUCUACCCUUCUAGAAACCCCGAGGUCUACGAGCAGAAUCACUUCGGGAACCUGCCAGGAUUGGAUCGCAAAGGACGAAGGAUUUGCGUGUUAAUACCAGCGAGAUUCAACAUCGACCAGGUUCCGCUCACAGAUUCGUUCAAACUGGGCACCUCGAUCCUCGAGAUGAUGCUUAACGACUUGGUACUUCAAGUCUCCGGCACGGUCGUCAUCUUCGACAUGGGUGGCCUUUCUCUGAUGAUGCAGGCCAGGCUCAUCACGCCCACAGUCGCCUGGCAUCUAGCUUUAAUCGUACAGGACAAGAUACCGAUGCGGCUGAAAGCGAUCCACAUCAUAAACCAACCGUUCUAUUUCAACGCUGUGUACGCCCUUUUCAAGCCGUUGCUCAAAAAGAAGUUGAGAAAGAGAAUUUUUUUCCACGGCAACGAUAUGGAGUCCUUACACAAGCACAUCGCCCCUGAGAACCUGCCAGAGGAGAUGGGAGGCACGAGGCGCCCUUUUGGCAUCUACCUCACCAGGUCGCUCCUCCAUCUCAACGAGCACAAGUUCAAAGAAUGGGAAACCAAAGGAUUGAAGAUGUAACCAGCUAAACGUCAAAACGUAUGAUAUAAUAUUGUAUAUAAUACAAAGCUCAUGAAUUUUUAUAAAUAUAUUUUGUAAGGUGACCAAUUUGCUAGAAAUAUGGAGUAAUUGGAUUUUUUGUAACAAUAUUGAUAAUAUUAUUGUGAUUUUUGGAAAUCAUGCAAUAUUUAAAUCUUUGUGAUCACAAAUUCGUAUACUAGUAGAGUUCUAUCAAAAUUAUAUUUUAAGAAUUUUUGUUAUUAUUUUUUUAAAUAAAUAAUCGUCUGCUUA